AAAGAAAAUUAUGAUAUGAGGUUAUGACAUUCAUUUAUGAUUGACUGCUGGUUGACGUUGGUCGUGUCUUUCAACAAUGAGUGAUCCAAUGACCAAAUUUAGCAAAGUAGAAGAUGAAGCUCUGGUUGAAUGUGUUGCUAAAAAUCUGCCUAUUUAUAAUCCUCAAAACAAUGAUUACAAAGAUUUAAAUAUUAGAGAUGCCAUUUGGAAGAAUAUCAGUGAAACCGUUGGACGUAGUAACCCAAAAGUCAGAGUUCAACCCAACUUUUUAUUGAAGAUCGGUCGUCAUUUUUUUCGUUUGUUACAUGCGCAUGGUGCCACAGUCACGUUAUGUAUACCGACGCAGUGUUGAUCUACAAGGCGGAUUACCUGAAUUGACAACCCAACGGCACUUCAAACACUUGUGAGAUUGAUAAUUUCAUAUUGGGAGGUCCAAGGAAUACCUGCAUUACGGUUUAAUAGUCUAAAGGUGUAUACCAUUUGUGGCUGCUUAUAUUAUUAUUUUUCUCCUGCGAACACUGAAUAGAAACUUGAUAUAUAAUGGCUGAGCACACUGCAUGUGAUUUGGAACCCAUUGAAAAGGGUGAAUAUGAAUUGGAGGAGGAUGACAACAGUUAUCUUUCUUAUAAUGAUGAUGACGUUAUAAACAAAUAUAUGAAUCUAAUCUUAGAACGUUCGCCCGACACAGUUUAUGCAUUUACUACAUUUUUUUAUCAAGCUCUAUCUGCCUAUGGAUACUCUCGUGUUUGUCGUUGGACAAAAAAAAUUGAUAUAUUCUCAAAGAAAAAAUUGUUCAUACCUAUUCAUAUUCAAGGUCACUGGUGUUUAGUGUAUGUUUGCUUUCCACAAAAAUCCAUUAAAUAUUAUGAUAGCCUGGGUGGAGGUAAUUCAAAUUGCUUAAAAUUAAUAUUGAAAUAUUUGAUGUUGGAACAUUGUGACAAAAAAGGAGAAGAUUUUAAUAAAUGUAGCUGGUUAUUAAUGAAUGUGGAAAAGUGCCCUCAACAAUCAACUACUAGGGAUUGUGCAAUAUUCGUUUGUAUGUAUGCUGAAUAUUUAUCAAGGGGUGCUCCAUUAAAUUUUUCACAAGAAAACAUGGAAAUAUUCAGGAGACAAAUAGCAUUAGAAAUUAUGAAGAAAAAACUAAAAAAAUCUGUACCUAGUCAUCUUUUUUAUAAUGAAGAAGUUAUAAACGAAUAUAUGGAUCUAAUCACAGAACGUUCGCCCGACACAGUUUAUGCGUUUAAUACAUUUUUUUACCAAGGUCUAUCUGACAAUGGAUACCCUGAUGCUGUUCGUUGGACAUUAAAAAUUGAUAUAUUCUCAAAGGAAAAAUUGCUCAUACCUAUUCAUAUUGAAGGUCACUCGUGUUUAAUGUAUGUUUGCUUUUCAGAAAAAUUUAUUAAAUAUUAUGAUAGCAUGGGUAGAUGUAAUUCAAAUUGCUUAGUAUUAAUAAAGGAAUAUUUGAAUUUGGAACAUCAAGCCAAAAAAGGAGAAAAUUUUAAUUUCAAUGGCUGGUUAAAGACUGUGGAAAAGUGCCCUCAACAAUUGAAUACUAGGAAUUUUAGAGUAUUUGUUUGCAUGUAUGCUGAUUAUUUUUUAACAGGUGCUCCAUUAAAUUUUUCACAACAACACAUGAGUAAAUACAAGAGACAAAUAGCAUUAGAAAUCAAGAAGAAAAAAUCUGUACCUAAUGAACUUUUUUAUAAUGAUGAAGUUAUAAACGAUUAUAUGAAUCUAAUCACAGAACGUUCGCCUGACACAGUUUAUGCGUUUAAUACAUUUUUUUACAAAGCUCUAUCUGAUUAUGGAUACUCUCAUGUUUGUCGUUGGACAAAAAACAUUGAUAUAUUCUCAAUGCAAAAAUUGUUCAUACCUAUUCAUAUUAAAGAUCACUGGUGUUUAGUGUAUGUUUGCUUUCCACAAAAAUCCAUUAAUUAUUAUGAUAGCAUGGGUAGAAGUAAUAUGAAUUGCAUACAAUUAAUAUUGAAAUAUUUGAUGUUGGAACAUGAUGACAAAAAAGGAGAAGAUUAUCAUCCAAGUGGCUGGUUAUUAACGAAUGUGAAAAACUGCCCUCGACAAACGAAUAAUUGGGAUUGUGGAGUAUUUGUUUGUAUGUAUGCUGAAAAUUUAUCAAGGGGUGCUCCAUUAAAUUUUUCACAACAACAUAUGGGUAAAUUCAGGAGACAAAUAGCAUUAGAAAUCAAGAGGAAAAAACUAAAAACAUCUGUACCAGAAACUUAAGGGGAUUCCAUCCGGUGAUUUUCUGUCCUUGUCUAACACACGCGCAACAUAGUAUUGUAGACGUGUUUUUUGCAAAACAUACCAAUUUAUCGAAUCAAGCGAUAAAAAUUUUGAAAACAGAUUUGAAUUCGUCGUCAAGUCUAUUUGAAAUCGACUUUCCCAAAUGUUUGAUAUUAUCCCACAAAUUCCUAAAAACGUCAUAUUAAAAAAAAGUAUUUAAAAAUGUUCUUAUUUAAAUUUUUGGAGAUGUUAAAAUUAAAAAAUCAAAAUUUUGGAAAAAGUCAUUUUCAAGUAGGUAGACUAGACGGCAAAUUCAAAUCUGUUUUCAGAAUUCUUAUCACUUCAUUAUAUCAAUUGGUAUGUUUGGCAAAGAACCCGUCUAAAAUCCUAUGUCAGAAAAUCACGGUAACAAAUCCCCUUAAGCUCUACUGUAACAAUAAAUAAUGAUGCAUAAUAUGCUCUAUAAGUUUUGUAGGUGUUAUCGAUGACAGAACACCCUUAUGCAUAAUUUAGUUUUAAUAAGUUAAAAGUAAUUAUAUUUCGACAUAUUAUUAAUAAGUAUUGACAUAUUUAUAAAAUAAAUAUAUAAUAGUUUGUUAUUAAGUUUUAUUUCUAACCUAAUACAAAUUCUAUAUAAAU